AUGCAGACCUAUGUUGAAGAUAUGCGAAUGAUACUUAUGGAUGAUAACUGGAAAGUUAAAACUACCAUAUGCUGGGGCCAAAGGGACCGCUGGCUGGGCUUUGAUGGCGUAGAAGAUUUCUGCAAAAAAUCAAAGCUUCGACUGGUGGAACUUCCUAUGGCUGGGCAUCAUGUACAGGAGGAUUGUGGUGAGGAACUAGGACAACUCAUCAGUGGUGUUGUUAGCAAAAGGAGUCGCAUUUGAUGCCACUUUGAAUUUAUUAGUCUUUAUUGAACCUAUUGUCUUGUUUUUGUUUUCAGAACCAGACAUGGAUAUGGUGUGAUAAAAGUACAAGUACAAAAAGAUCUAAUAGACAGUAAGAAUGUAUAUUUAUUUGUUGUUAUUAGCAUGAGUACACUGAUGUAAUGGUGAAAUCGAAGAAUUUAACAGGGGGUGAAGUAAAUAAGAGAUGGUAUUACACGAGAGGUGCAUACAUCACGCAAGAACUUGAUUGUGUCAAUGGACCCA